AUGUAUUCUUCCUUACUACCAUCACCACCUUUCAAUAAGUUUACGGUUUUUAUCCCUUAUGGUUUAUUAUCAGUAGCGUUAAUAACGUUAGCACAGGAAGAUAGUAUAGGGAAUGCAAAAAGUUGUAUAGUAGAUCACUUGCCAGUUGCGGAAGCGAAUAAGCAAGUAACGAUAGGAUAUGUUCGACUUUUUAGCACAAAUCAACCAAAGUCAACUCCAGAAAUUCCAAUUCCAAAAAUUCAAUGGAAUAAUUAUGAUUAUAUAAAUGUUAUUGGAGAUUCGUAUGAUAUUUUCCGUCCAAAAGAAAAGAAUAAAUUAAACCCCAUAAAUGAUUUGAUUCUUCUUUCAAUAAGAAAUUAUGACGUUGGUAAAUGGCCGAAAGGGCUGCAAGAGCAGCAGGAAUAUCAAAGAAUUAUUAGCGAUGCAAUUAAAAUUAUAAACGAAUAUCAAUUAAAUGGUAUAGACAUUGAAUAUCCAGGAAUGAGAGGAAGUUUAUGUAAAAGGCCUGAUGGUUUGAUAUGGGAUAAAAUAAAUGAUGACAACUUCAUUAAUUUUUUAAAAAACCUUCGAGAGGCAUUGAAUGGAAUGGAAGGUCCAAAAAUACUAAUGUUAACAGUUGGUAGAGAUUUUAUAUCAAAAUUUAAAACGCCAGACGAUAACAACUAUAGAUCAUAUCCAAACUCUCCAUUAGAUGAAUACCAAGCUGCAUAUUUAGCAUGGAUUGGCGCUGGAAUCAAUAGUAACAAAAUAAUUAUGAGUGUAGAUUUUGGGAAUACCGUCCAAAUGGUACCUAACGUAGCUAUUAAACAAAGUCAAUAUGUUGAUUUUCCCAAAUCUGUUUCUACCUAUGAUUUUAACAAGCUAAAUGAUCAAAUCCAAUCAAUCAUAGAUUUUUGUUUUAAAAUUAAUUCAAUUUUAUAUUCAUGGCCAUGGAAAUAUCUUUCAAAUACCGUACUAAAUUCAUCAGAUAGAUUUUGUACUACUAUUAAUCCUAAUUGGACACGUAAAUUCGAAUCAACAGAUAAUUCUGGUACUCCAUGGCUAUAUAGCGUUCCUGAUCCAAACGUUCCUUUUAAUCAUUUAUAUGUAUCAUCACUCGGAGGAAUAUCAAUAUCUGACGUUAGUUAUGAUGAUAAUUAUAAUAAUUUAUUAAAUUUUAUGCAACCAAUACGUGGGAUACCGGUUCCAAUAGAUGGAGGUUCAUCUAAAGGCUCGCCAUCGAAUAAAUCAGGUAAUGAAAAUUCUAAUGAUCAAAAUAAGAAAAAUAAAGGCGGAAUUAUCGCUGGAUCAAUUAUUGGAGCUGGUAUUAAUCCAGAAUCAUCAUCAAAUCGAGUUGUUUCCGCUAUACAAAAUGAACGGCGGACCAUCGAUCAUCUAACGAUCGAAUGA